AUGGCGACUCUCCUCGGCCUUCUCGCGCUCUGCGUACUCCUGAUUAUCCCCUUCUAUGUCAUCUACAAGCCGCCCGCGGCCCUCAUCCGACACUUUCAGCGGAAGUGGCCUGAUGUCCUGUGGCAAAUUGAGACGCAGCGGAAAAUCGUUGCCCUGACUAUCGACGAUGCGCCAUCCGAACACACGACUGCGAUCGCCAAGCUCCUCCGCGAGAACGACGCCCACGCGACCUUCUUCGUCAUCGGCUCGCAGGUCGAGAGCCGCCUCGACGCUCUCGGCGAAAUCAUACGAGACGGCAACGAACUUGGCAACCAUGCCAUGCACGACGAGCCCUCGCGCUCGCUGACCGACGCCCAGCUCGAGAACGAGAUAAGGAGUGUCAGCAGGAAGAUCAAGAGCGUGUACGACUACGAAAACAUUCCCACGCCAGCGAACUAUUUCCGACCGGGCUCUGGCUUCUUCAGCGAUCGCAUGCGGGUAUUGAUCGACAAGCUGGGCUACAGGAUGGUGCUCGGCAGCAUUUACCCCCACGACCCCCAGAUCAGCCGGCCAAGAGUCAAUGCCCGACACAUCUUGAGUAUGCUGCGACCAGGUGCCAUUAUCAUCUGCCACGACAGGAGAAGCUGGACUGUGCCGAUGCUUGGGGAGGUCCUCCCGGAAAUUAAGAGGCGAGGAUACGAAAUAGUCACGAUUACGGAUCUUGUAAAAGAAGGAACUCCGUGA